AUUUUCCGAGAAUAUAGCCUUGCUAAUUUUCUUAAUAUUGAUUUGAGAGCUCGAUGACCUUCUUUAUUUAUUUAUAUUAUAUUGAUUUGAGAGCGAUGGCCUGCGCUAUUUAUUUAUUUCGUCUUUUGUUUCCCUUGUUCAGCGGUCGUCGUCACUGCAAUCUCCAGAUGUGUUCUCUAUCUGCCUCGAAGUAGUUGCAGCGAGGGCGAGAGCGCUGUGCCACCGGCCACCGGCCGCCGGACGAGUUCCCUUUUUGCUCCCCGCUCUUCUUUCUUAGCCAGUUCGCCUUCAGCUGUUGAUUCCUACUCCGAAUUCCAGUCCGGUAGUUCGUUUUUUUUUUCUUUGAAAAAUUCCCGAGGAAAUGGAAGGGACUGGCUUCGAUGCGUAACUUGGAGAUGUAGCAUAGGAUCUUACCCCUGGUAUUUUUAUUAUCUCCUGACCUCAAUCAAAAUACAUAGCUCAAGGCACGUGAAGUUGAUAUGACCUGUUCUUGCUUCCGUGCUUUACUAUCAAGGACAAAACAUCAUCACAAUUCUGAGCAAGAAGCAGGAUGGUAUCCAUCCAACAAGAACAUAAAGCUUUUCUCCUACAGAAAACUGAGAUCAGCUACAAAUAAUUUUCAUCCGAGCAAUAGGAUAGGCCGUGGUGGGUUUGGAACAGUGUAUAAGGGGAUACUUGGAAAUGGAGUAGCAGUUGCAGUGAAGGUACUAUCCACAGAAUCCAAACAAGGAAUUAAGGAAUUCUUGACUGAGAUUGAUACCAUCACAAAUGUGAGGCAUCCGAACCUUGUUGAGCUUUUAGGUUGCUGUGUUGAAGAAAGUAGUCGCAUUCUUGUGUACGAGUAUGUGGAGAACAGUAGUCUUGAUCGUGCAUUGCUUGGAAUGACUGUUGACACAACCAAUCUGAAUUGGAAAAAUAGAUCAGCUAUUUGCAUUGGCACUGCUACAGGUCUUGCAUAUCUUCAUGAAGAACUUGAACCCCCUACCGUGCACAGAGAUAUUAAAGCUAGCAAUAUUCUUCUUGACAGUAACUUUGCCCCUAAAAUAGGAGAUUUUGGUUUGGCAAAACUUUUCCCUGAUAAUAUUACACAUAUCAGUACACGAGUAGCUGGAACAAAUGGCUAUUUGGCGCCAGAGUAUGCCAUGAAGGGCCAAUUAACUAAGAAGGCCGAUGUAUACAGUUUUGGCGUGCUUCUAAUUGAAAUAAUUAGUGGCAGGAGUAGUUCAAAGACAUACUGGUCAGGGAUGGGGCAACCUCUCUUACAAUGGACAUGGCAGCUUUUCAAGGAAGGGAAGCUUAAAGAAUUGGUAGAUCCAUCACUUGGUGAAUAUCCAGAAGAGCAUGUCAUGAAAUUCAUCAAAGUUGCACUCUUCUGCACGCAAGCGGCUGCCGGGCGAAGACCUUCAAUGCCCCAGGUGGUAGAGAUGCUGUCGAGGCCCAUUAAACUAAACGAGGAAGAGCUGACGCCUCCAGGUUACAUCGAUAUCCCUUCAAAGAUAAACCAUGGUUCAAGAGGUACAACCUCCAGUAAUUUUCAAUUGAAGAAAUCAGCUGCUGGUGAUUCCACUAAUUUAUUAAUGUCGACUUCUGAUACCUCAACAGAAAUAUCACCAAGGUAAGCUGUAUCAGUGCCAGGAUUGGCAUCCUGUGUCAAAUAGGUAGUGGGCAUCAGCAGGAAUUUGUGUUGUCAUUUGUUUUUGCGGUUUGUGUUCUUAUUUUUAACUUUACAAAUAUGUGCCUGUGGCAUAAAAUGUUACUACAUUAUAAAUUAUACAAUAAAAAUUAGGUAAAAAUCAAAA